CUGAUCAACCUGGAGAAAAUCUAUCGAACGCAGGCCGUAAUGGAUCACAUUUCGCUCUGCCAUGAACACUACCAUACCAGAAAUCGCCUAAGUCCAACGAUCAGUCUGAUCAAUUAUCUCAAGGCAUCGCAUCCAAACGAGAGCCGAGUUUUGGCAGCGACUCCAGCUCAAAGUGCCGAGUUCGAAACGGAAUACGAUGUGGAUGUGGACGAUUAUCAUCCAGUCCAGCCGUUAGUUCACGAUCAUGGCGUGAGCUUUGUUUGUCUGUCUUCGCCGCAUAGCAAAGUCGACCAGCAUGUUAUGCAGGUAACAAAGCCAGUUUUGCACUUUAGGAGAUCGCUUUGUAUGUAAACUGGCGUGUAAUUGGAUCGUCGGUUACCUUUCUAUUGUGCGGAUCGGAAUCUUACUUCCUAGUCUGGACCG